AAUCUCGAAGCACCUGCAAGUCUCGCGAGAUUGUCAUGAAUUCGGAUUUUUCGCAUCAGUUUUGCAUCAAAUACAGCCAAAAUAACCACAAUCUCGACAUCUAAGUCUGAGUCGGACAUUCAUUUCAAACUAUUGAUUGUGACCCAGAAAAACUCAAGUUGUUUGUACUGAGCAACAACAUCUGUUGUCAAAAUGGCUUUCUCUUUUGGACAAACCAGCACUGCAACGCCAGCUUUCAGUUUUGGGGCGACCACCAACACCACUGUAGCCACCACGAGUGCUGCCCCAGCCUUUGGAUUCGGAGCUGCAGUGGCAUCUACUGCUACUCCAGCUGCAAGUACUGGCUUUAAUUUUAGUGGAUUUGGAGCCAAGACAACAGCAUCCACUUUAGGUUUUGGCUCAACUGGCUUUGGGACGACAACUACAGCAGCAACCAAUCCAUUUGGUUUUGGCGCUUCAACAGCAAAAGGAUUUGGAACAACAGGAACUGCCACCACAGGAUUUGGCUUUGGCAGUACAGCUGGAACGAGUACUGGGACAGGGUUCAGCUUUGGAACAGCCACCACCAAUCCUGCUACUGGAUUUGGGUUUGGAACUGGCUCAACUCUUGGUGCUACCACUGGGUUUGGGACAACCACUGGCCUUGCAGGUGCAACUGGUUUAGGCCAAACCCAACAACCAACUGUAGACAGUAACUUGGCUAACAUGGUGACAGCAGUUUCCAUGCCAACAGUCUAUGGGGACGAGAGAGACUCGCUGCUUGCCAAAUGGAAUCAACUGCAAGCAUUCUGGGGAACAGGCAAAGGCUACUUCAGUCAGACUGGUGCUGUAGUCUUCUGUCCAGAGAAUUCUUUUUGUAGAUUCAAAGCUGUGGGUUACAGUUGCCUCCCAGCUUCCCGAAAUGAGGACGGUUUAGUUGGUAUCUUUUUCAAGAAGAAAUAUUCCGAGGUCAGCAGUAACCAGCAGCAGAUCGUGGACAGUCUUCAUAAGAUCCUUGGGAGCAAGCCGACAUUAUCUGUUUGUGUGGAUGGCUUGAAGCCUUUACCUGAUGAUAAGGCUGAGCUGAUCAUCUAUGUUCUAGAGCGACACCCGAUAGGCACGACCAGACGUAUCCCAGCAACCGAACUGAACAGCUUCCUUAUCCAGUCUAACAUCGCCUCCCAGCUCCAGAGUCAAUUGGCCGUUGAGACGGUCAUCCCCAAAAUGGGGUUUUCAGAGGAGCAACUUAAACAGUACUUAGAUACUCCUCCUGCAGGCAUCGAUCCAUUACUAUGGGACCAGGCCAAGCUGGAUAACCCAAACCCUACAAAACUCAUACCGGUCCCAAUGAUUGGUUUCUCCGAGUUACAUAAACGACUUCAGCAUCAAGAACAACAGACCAAGUUACACCAGAACAGAUUAGAUAUUAUCUCAAGUGAUAUAGCAGAGUUACAGCGUAAACAUUCAAACACGAUAGCAAGGACAGAACAGUACAAACGGAAAUACCUCGAGCUAGGUCACCGAGUCCUGAAGGUGAUGGUACGGCAGGAGACACAACGGAAGCUAGGCUAUGCCAUCCAGGCAGACGAGGAGCAACUACGUGUUGGGCUAGAGACGAUACAGGCAGAGCUCAAUGCCCCAACACAGUUUAAAGGUCGGCUGAAUGAACUGAUGUCACAGAUUCGGAUGCAGAAUCAGACAUUGUCGGCUCGUGCGGACAUUCCUUGUCAGAUGGAUCCAGCAUUCCAACAAGAAGUUAAACAGCACCUCAAACAACAACAAGAAGGAUUACAGCAUUUAAUCAACAUCAUCAAAGAAGACUUGGGUGAUCUACAGUUGGUCGAGCAAGGUCUGGCAGAUACGACACUCUACAGGAGAUGAUGUUUAACCCUCGGAGGACGAGACAUUUAGAACAUUUCAGAAAAUAAAGCGUUUAUUGAAAAAUAUAGCUGAUAGUGUCACCAUCAGACAGUGCUGAUCAAGACCUUUUCAACGAAUGGUCAUGUUAUUUAUUUUGACAAUUCCUACUUUUUGUAACGGUUGGUAACGGCUUAGUAAAAGUCUUUCAAAUUUGAUCGGCUUUAUGAGAGGAAAUGAUAUUUGUACUCUUUGAUUGUAAACUGAUUGUAGUUGUUCCAGUGAGUAUUGGUCUCAAUUAUGACUGCCCAUGUAUAGUUUAUGUAACGAAAUAAAGAAUGGAUUUUGUAA